AUGAUAGACUACUUGUUUACCUUCUCAUCCUUGUUCGCGGUCUUAUUAUGCAUCAUACCUGGAAUCUUUCACAUACAGACUCGUAAUUGGGGUGCAAUAUUCAUGACCUUCUGGGUUAUUGCCAUCAAUCUAAUUACGUUCAUAAAUUCUCUGCUGUGGGCAAACGACCUGGAGGACAAAGCCCGCGUGUAUUGUAUAAUUACCACUCCGAUAUAUGUUGGCGGAAAUUAUGGAAUCUUGUCUUCAAUCACUUGCAUGAUACACACCCUUUACACUUAUGUGGCCAGUCCCAUGCUGCUGACGGAACGAAUCAAGCGACGACGGAUGAUUAGAGAUAUCAUAGUUUCCUUAGUAUUCCCGGCGAUAGGAACGGCUCUCUUUUAUCUGGUCCAAACCCGUAUCUAUGGAAUUCGGCCGAUACUCGGAUGCUUUUCGCCAGCCCACAAAGAUUGGGUUUUCCUUCUCGUGAAUAGCAUAUGGCCUCCCAUUAUUUCUGGCAUCGGAUGUUACUAUGCGGCUCUGACCUCCUAUGCGAUUGUUAAGAAACGUCUUGAAAUGCAAAGCAUCCUCCAAUUCACCGAAGGUCUAAACACUGCAAAAUUCUAUCGACUGCCAUACAAUUUCUACGAAAUUCAUAAGGACUUUUGGAAAGUCAUACCAUUCACCGGUGAUAACCUGGGUUUGGCACUUUUCGAUUACGCGAAACCACUGGUAGGAUUCUUUGUCUUCCUGUUCUUUGGAACCGGUCAAGACGCUCUGUCCACUUACGCUAUUUGGGCGAGGGCCUGCAAAUUGCACAUAUGUUUUAAGUGCCUGGAGCCCAAGGAAGAGGAUGGAGAUGGAUUGCAUAGUACUAUUUCCACCAUGAGAUCCAUUCCAUCACACACAUAUCAAGCCAACGGUAACAUGCAAAGUACUCACUCUCCAAGAUCUCCAAGGGGACACCGUCACUCUAUCACGUUCCCGGGUUCAAACGCUGUCGCACCACCUGUCAUCACCGCUCAGAAACCGAAGAAAGGUUCCUUCAAUUUCCUUUACCUCAAUGGGCAUCGUACGCCCACGGAGCAAGCCCAAUUUGAUUUGACCAGUGGAAUAAAAAUAAAGAUCGAUGGAUUGGACUCUAGAACCAUGGGUAAUGAUUUUGGUGACUAUGAUGAUCUAAAUGAGGAACCUGCUCCAAUUUAUAAUCGAGGAAUUCACGAAACCUUGGAAAGAGACCAUCAACACAAUGGCGAAAAAGUAUUAAAUGAUUCCGACACAUUUGGCAGCGACGCAUCAUUGAAAGAUCAUGAGAUGCCGACGUUACCGCUGAAGGUCUUCGAAGUUGAUCUCGGCAGCGUAUCUCACAUCGAUGAUCUGUUGUCUGUCUACCCAGACUCUGAAUUUGGAGAUGAAGGUGACGGUCAGGUUGACCUUCCGCAGUUCAACAUUUGUCCCCCGACACCCCAUAAUGGGUCAUACGAGAAUCACGUGUUUAGUUUAAACGGUGAAGUUGAGACCUUUGUGGCCAACGGAAUAGACGAUGUCGCCGAGGACUAUCGACAAAUAAGAAAUCCCGUGGAAAUUCAGGUGAUGUCAGAGAGUGUCAUCAGUAGUCAAAGUAUCGAAGGUGCUCCGUGA